UUCUUCAAAAAAUAAAAAUAAAAAUGCUCAAAUGAUCUAAUCAAUUAAAAUCAAUGCUUCGUUGAUGCAAAGUGGAAAAAACAGAGGAGUUGGAUUCGGUGGGAAAAGCGUCCUCUGCGUCGUCUUCUCUACUUUUGAACCCAGCAAAGCAAAUUUAAUUCACGGGACACACCUGAAAUCAUCUCUGCUUUGACGAGUUCGUCAUCAUCAUACUCUUCCUACUACCAAACGACCCAAUCCCAACCUCCUCAUCACUAUCUUACAGAAGCCGUGAAACUCUCUGCUCUCCUCUUUCUUUCUGGAAAAUCGUCAUUUUUGUGAACUCUCUCUGGUCAAUUCCAAAUUUCCUGAAACCAUGAAGACCCAGGUCCGCUUUGCUUUUCCUCUUUCCCCAUAGUUGUGAGCUUUUGAAACGCAAUGCGCGGAGCAGUUGGCCUUUUUCCCAUUUCGUUCUUCGGAAGAACGAAUGUCUGAGAUGGAUAAGGAAAACCCCUGUUUGUUUCUCUCCCCGUGUUUUCUCUAUCUAGAUUCCCAUGGAAUCUCUCUGAUUUCAUCUCUGUUUAUUUCAAAAUUCAAGAAAACCCACUUCGCUUACCGAUUCUCCUUCGGAACCCAUGUUUCUGAAUCAAUUCAUGCACUUCCUAAAAUCAAAUCACACCUUCAGAAGGAGAACUCCUUCUGAAAGUGUGCUUUGAUAGUUACCCAAAGGGAAAAAAAAAAAUCAAUAAUACUCUUAACCUACCCGCCGAAAGAGCCAAUCGAGCCAGAGAAGCCCAUAAUUUCAAUGUGGGCCUCGUGUUUUCGGGAUCUUCGGCUCUGGAAGCCGAAGAACAAACCCUUAACAGUACGUGUACCUUCAUCUUCGAAGACCCAUUUGAAUUCUGACGUGGAGAGCAUGGAGAGGAAGAGAUUUGACAGUUUGGAGUCGUGGUCGAUGAUAUUGGAUUCUGAGAAUGUGGAGAGUUGGGAGGGGGGUUCGCGAGAGGACCUAGAGGAGUGGAUGGCUGAUCUUUCGCAGCUGUUUAUUGGGAACAAAUUUGCUUCGGGAGCUCACAGUCGGAUUUACCGAGGGAUUUACAAGCAGAGGGCGGUGGCUGUGAAGAUGGUGAAGAUUCCGACGCAGAAGGAGGAGGCUCGGGCUUUGCUUGAGCAACAAUUCAAAUCUGAAGUUGCUCUGCUUUCUCGUCUGUUUCAUCCCAACAUAGUGCAGUUUAUUGCAGCUUGUAAAAAGCCCCCAGUGUACUGUAUCAUUACUGAGUACAUGUCGCAAGGAACUCUGAGGAUGUAUCUCAACAAGAAAGAGCCAUACUCACUCUCAACCGAAACAAUAUUGAGGUUAGCUCUUGACAUAUCCCGAGGAAUGGAGUAUCUUCAUUCGCAAGGGGUGAUCCACAGAGAUCUUAAAUCAAAUAACUUGCUUUUAAAUGAUGAUAUGCGAGUUAAGGUGGCAGAUUUUGGUACAUCAUGUCUAGAAACACAAUGCCGGGAAUCCAAAGGGAACAUGGGAACUUACCGUUGGAUGGCCCCAGAAAUGAUCAAGGAGAAACCAUAUACUCGGAAAGUUGAUGUAUAUAGUUUUGGGAUUGUGCUAUGGGAACUCACAACAGCUUUGCUUCCCUUUCAAGGAAUGACCCCUGUGCAGGCUGCUUAUGCUGUAUCGGAGAAGAAUGAACGGCCUCCACUGCCUUCAAGUUGUCAGCCUGUGCUUGCUCACCUCAUAAAGCGCUGCUGGGCAACAAACCCCUCAAAACGACCAGAUUUCUGCAGCAUAGUGUCAGCUCUGGAGAAGUAUGACGAGUGCAUUAAGGAGGGCCUUCCUCUUACUUCCCAUUCCGGGUUGAUCACCCGAAAUGCUAUUUUCGAACGCUUGAAGGGCUGUGUAUCGACGAGCUCUUCUAUACCUGUAUAUGCUUGAUUCCAGUGGAAGGUAUCAAAUCAAUCACCUUUUAUGUUUAUGUAACAUUAGGUCGCAUUGGUGGUAGAUUUGUCCAUUAUAAUUUGUAUAUACUUGAUGUUCUUUGUCAUCAUUCCAACUUGAGUGCUUUUGAGGAAUCUGUGGUUGGUGGUCUGCUGGUGGCACCACAAGAAAUGGUUUGGAAUUAUAACUAACCUUUGAUUGUUCUUCCUUUAAAAUAAUCGUAUCAUAAUCUCAUAAUUUUUAUCAAAA